GCGUAUAUAUUAUGUAUCCGCUUCUGUUAUAAAGAAGAGAUAAAAAAGAAAAACAAUGUCGAGAAAACAAAUCGAAACUUGAAAUGAUGUUGAUUUUUGCGAAAAUUCAAAUGAACUUUUCACUUUUUUCUCUCUAAGUGCUCUCUCUGGCUCUCUCACUUUGUCUUCUCUUUUAUUUUACCAUUUUAUUCUCUUGUUUCUCUCAAUUUCAGUGAUUCCAUUACGUGGAAGUUCAAUUGACAUUCAUCCAAAUGCUCGAUGGCAACAGAAUGGUCUCACUGUUGCUGGAGGAAAUGGAUAUGGAAAUGGAAUCAAUCAACUCUCAAACCCAUGCGGUUUGUAUGUUGAUGAAGAUCAAACAAUAUAUGUCGCUGAUCAAGACAAUCACCGUAUUGUGGAAUGGAAAUGGGGUGCGACGAGUGGCCGAGUGGUUGCCGGUGGAAAUGGACAAGGAAGUGGGGCUCAUCAAUUGAAUAACCCACGAGAUGUGAUUGUCGACAAAGAGAGAGAUUGUCUAAUCAUCUCCGAUUGGUUGAAUAGAAGAGUGGUUCGAUGGCCUCGUCGAAAUGGGACAAGUGGAGAAACAAUCAUCUCCUACAUCGUUUGUGUGGGUUUGACAAUAGACGAGAAUGGAUCUCUCUAUGUCGUUGACUAUGGAACAAAUGCAGUGAGACGAUAUCGAAGAGGAGAAUCUCAAGGAACAGUGGUUGCAGGUGGCAAUGGAAGUGGAAAUCGUCUCGAUCAACUCUCCUUCCCAUACUACGUAUUCGUCGAUCGAGAUCAUUCAGUCUACGUGUCUGAAUGGAACAAUCAUCGUGUGAUGAAAUGGGUGGAAGGUGCAAAACAAGGCAUUGUCGUGGCUGGUGGUCAAGGAGAAGGAAAUGGUCUUACACAAUUGUCAUGUCCUUAUGGAGUCGUUGUCGAUCAAUUGGGCACUGUCUAUGUAGCUGAUGCAGGGAAUGAUCGAAUCAUGCGUUUGCCCAAUGGAGCCAAACAGGGAAGUAUCAUUGUUGGUGGAAACGGUGCAGGAGGACAAUCGAACCAACUCAAUGUGCCCAUCGGUUUAUCAUUCGAUCGACAUGGUAAUCUCUAUGUCGUCGAAAACGAAAAUCAUCGAGUACAAAAAUUUAAUAUCGAGUGAGCAUCAGAAGAGAUGUGCGCAGUGAUUUGGGUAUAGAGUGCAUAUGAAUAUGACGUGUGAAUAGGGCGUGUGCGCGUGAGUGUGGUUAUGGGUACGGAUGUGGACGUGAGUCUUCUGUUUGCCCACACCCUCGAUAAUUGCGUCUUGUCUGUUUUUGUGGAAGUUACAUUUAUUUUGAAAGAAAGUUGUGAGUGUAAGUUUUAAGUCAGUUUUGCGGUUGUCUUCAUCCUACUACAUACCUUAGCAACCACGACUAAAGAUUCUCGAUAGUCAGUAAAGGCAUAAAGUAAUCGCUUUAAGUAUUUCCCAAUUACAUAUGAACUCCUAGCAGAGAUACCUAUAAGACAAGAUCCUAUUUGGAAUGGAAAACCAAGCCUGAGUUUGACUCGCAUAAUGAUCCAUGACCAAUAAUCAUCUUAUUUCAAUAGAUCGAUAGCAGUUUGAUUUGGUACCUGAAACAAGUAACCAUUGUCAAAAAAAGUGUUGCGUGUUCAGUAUCACAACUAAAUUUUUGAUUGACUUAAGUCUCUGAAAUACAGUUUAUUAAGUCUAUCAUCCAAGUUUUCAAUACCCAACAGCAGUUCUCACAGAC